AUGUCCGUAAACGAGAGAACAUGGAGAUUACCGGGUAUUUCUAGCGCGUCUCUCGUUUUACUGAGUAUCAAUGCACGAUAGAGCUGGCGUCAAGGUUAUACUAUGCAGUUACAAUAAUUUACCAUAUUUGCCAUGUUUAUUAAUAUGCUUUAUAUUUGACAUUUUGAUUUUAGUAAAGCAAUAAAAAAAUAAAAUAAAAAAAGCAAAUGACGCAACUGGCCUAGACACUGGCGUCAAAGCACCAGACUGAUUGGCAUGGAUUUGAGCGAAUAGGGCAGAACGUGUUUCCAUUCACCCAACACAUUGUAACCCGUCUCAGAUGUAUUUCUGAAUGCAGUACCGUGACUGCUAGAUGUAUGCGCGCAAUAUUUAAUAUUGUAUCGUAUUUUUACUGAGAUUCGGGUGUCGGGCAUUGACAGUGAUUGACAGGCGUCGGUGCCCAACUGGAUACCAGGCGUGGCGCAUAAACAAGUAGGGGAGGGUCUGAAUCUGACAGCAAGGCGGGACUGGAUAGAGAUUGAAAGGAGACUACACCAUUCAGAGUGAGAAUCUGGGUUUUUGUGAGGAGAUUUGUCCAAUGUGUUUCUAGCGGGGCGGGUCCUCACAGUGUGGUCGAGAGAUGGAUGCGAGCAGGACGGGACGGGUAACAGCAAAGCCGCAAUUCCCAUACAGCACUAGCGGCGAUAAUCUCCUCGUCCGUAGCGGAGGAGAAGGAGGAGGAGAGCGCGAUGGACUGUCAUUAAAUGUCGCUGUUUUUAAAAAACAACGUCACUGGCUUCUGUGAAUUCCAGCUGGACUGUACCUUCUUGGUGGAGGAGGGUAUCAAGCCCGUUUAAAUUAUCCCCUGUCAGGUAUAUAUGAGCUGCCGAGAUCAUCCACACUGCCCCUAUGGAUCGGUUCAAUGGAUGCCUUCAAAUCCCCAUUUAAUAAUAACUCAAGUGCCACUGGCUCUGCUUCCCAGUCAGCCAAGGCCGGCAGCGCUGCGGAGGCGGCGGCGGCGGUGGUCGGCUGCCAGCGGAGCCCCUCCAUCGCUCCUGCUGCCCCCGCCCCGUCGCCAGCCUCAGCCCCUGCGGUCUCUGGAUACUGGACGGCCGUCUUUGACUACGAUGCCAGCGCAGAGGACGAGCUCAGCCUGCGGAAGGGGGACUGGGUGGAGGUCCUGUCCAAGGACUCGCUGGUUUCCGGGGACGAGGGCUGGUGGACGGGAAAGAUCGAGGAGAGAGUCGGCAUCUUCCCUAGCAACUACGUGAGCAGCGGACAGGGCAUCUCUGACCAGCUGAGGGGGAAGGCGGUGGACGAGUAUGCGGGCUGCCCCGCACUGCCCUUCUUACACCUGCUGGAGAUUGACUUUGCAGAGCUGGCCCUGGAGGAGAUCAUUGGGGUGGGUGGGUUUGGGAAGGUGUACCGGGCGCUGUGGCGGGGGGAGGAAGUGGCGGUGAAGGCUGCGCGGCGGGACCCCGACGAGGAGGUGGGCCAGACCCUGGAGAACGUGCGGCAGGAAGCCAAACUGUUCGCCAUGCUGCGGCACCCCAACAUCAUGGCGCUGUGCGGGGUGUGCCUGCAGGAGCCCAACCUCUGCCUGGUCAUAGAGUUCGCCCGCGGGGGCUCGCUGAACCGCGCGCUGUCCGGCAAGAGAAUCCCCCCCCACACGCUGGUGGACUGGGCCGUGCAGAUCGCCAGGGGCAUGCACUACCUGCACUGCCAGGCCAUAGUGCCCAUCAUACACCGAGACCUCAAGUCCAGCAACAUCCUGAUUCUGGAGAAGGUAGAGAACGAGGACCUGGGGAACAAGACCCUGAAGAUCACGGAUUUCGGGCUGGCGCGGGAGUGGCACAAGACCACCAAGAUGAGCGCGGCGGGCACCUACGCCUGGAUGGCACCCGAGGUGAUCCGCUCCUCCACCUUCUCCAAGGGCAGCGACGUGUGGAGUUAUGGAGUGCUGCUGUGGGAGCUGCUCACUGGCGAGGUGCCCUUCCGUGGGAUUGAUGGACUGGCAGUGGCGUACGGCGUGGCCAUGAACAAGCUGGCUCUGCCCAUCCCCUCCACCUGCCCAGAGCCCUUCGCCAGGCUCAUGGAGGACUGCUGGAACGCAGACCCCCACACCCGGCCCUCCUUCACCAGUAUCCUGGACCAGCUGACCGCCAUCGAGGAGUCGGGCUUCUUCGAGAUGCCCUCCGAGUCCUUCCACUCCCUGCAGGACGACUGGAAGCUGGAGGUGGAGGAGAUGUUCGAGCAGCUGCGAGCCAAGGAGAAGGAGCUGCACUCCUGGGAGGAGGAGCUGAGCCGAGCUGCACUGCAGCAGAAGAACCAGGAGGAGGCGCUGCGCAGGCGCGAGCAGGAGCUGGCUGAGAGAGAGAUCGAUAUCCUGGAGAGGGAGCUGAACAUCAUCAUCCACCAGCUGUACCAGGAGAAGCCUCGCGUGGAGAGCCGCAAGGGCAAGUUCCGCCGCAGCCGUCUUAAACUGAGGGACGGGAACAACCGGAUCAGCCUGCCCUCAGAUUUCCAGCACAAGAUCACAGUGCAGGCCUCCCCAACGCUGGACCGCAGGAAAAGUCUGAUGGGGAGCAGCUCCAGCCCCCCUGCCAGCCCCACCAUCAUCCCCCGACUGAGAGCCAUCCAGUUGACCCCCGGAGACAGUAACCAGGGCUGGGGGCGCAACGCUGCCUUCCAGCCGGACGGAGACGAGGAGGAGAGGAGGGGCCACAGGAGGAAGGGCCGGACCUGGGGGCCGGGGCCUCUCUGUCACAGAGAGCUGCAAUGCGGGGAGGAGAGUGUGAAGGUGCUGGGCGAUGGGAACAAGCAGUGGUCCUGCAGUGCCCCCAGCCUGGGCCGAGCCCCCCGGGGCAGCCCUGCGGUGCCAGGGGUCCCCAGCCUCGCAGAGAUGGAGGAUGAAGAAGACUGUUUCUUCAAGGAGGUGGAAAACACAACCCCGCCCACAACCCACCCCAGCCACUCCUACCUUUGCAUCCCCUUCCAUCAGGGGGAGGGGGAGGGGCCUGUUGCCGAGGGCAGUGGGGAGUACAGCCCUGCUGUCUCCGCCCCCAGCACGCCCACCACUAUCACCAGCAGCAGCAGCAGCAGUGUGAAGCGAAGCCCGUCCGUGGCCCGAAGGUCCGAGCUGGUGCUGCUGGGCUGUGGGGCUGUGCUGGCUGCUGUAGGGCUGGGCCUGGACCUGCUGGGGGGGAGCAGGCAGGGGGAGCGGCAGUCCAAGAGGGAGGGCUUCUUCCACCGCCGCAGCGCCAGCUCCCCCUCCCGCAAGCUGAUCCCUAAGGAGAGCCCCCUCCCCCCAGCCGCACUCCCCUCCUCCCUGUCCUCACUCUCGGACUGUAACUCCAUGCGCUCCCUGCUGCACUCUGACAGCGAGGAGCUGCUGGCCUACCGCCUGCCUGGGGCCCUGGCGAACCCGCUGGUCAACACCCACCUGGAGAGCUUCAAACGGCACCCACGCCAGUCCCUGACCCCCACUCACCUCCCCGCCCCCAGCGCACCACGCCAGUCCCUGCGCAGGACCCCCUCCGACGGGGCCAUCAAGAGGGGCGCUGCAGAGGGGGCCCGUCCCGGGACAGCCAGCAGCCCAAAGCGUGACGACACGCCGGUCCCCCGUCUCCCGGACCCCAAUCUGGUGUUCCCCCCGACCCCUCGCCGCCGCUGCCCCGCCCCUCUGCAGGACCCCACCCCCGAGCGGCCCAAGACCCUGGACUUCCUGUCACGACCCCGGCCCACCGCCCGGCCUCGCCUGGAGCCCUGGGGGCGCUGUGACUCCCCAGCGCUCAGCUCCAGCACUGGCACCCCCCCCACCCUGGACUCGAGCGGGGGGAGUGGGGGGAGUGCGCCCGAGGAGAGGCCCGGGCUGCUGGACCGGGACGUGGAGGGGCAGAGCCGCGACGCCACCCUCCCCCUCUGCAGCGCGUACAGCUGGGCCCCGUACCGCCUCAAACACAACUUCUGGUCCUAGCGUGCCUGCCGCCCCUCCGCCACACCAACAGAGAGCCCACACUCACUGGCAAGGCACGUUACUGUUGGGAUUUUAGUGUUAUUAUUUAUUCAUAUUUAUUACUGCUUUGGAAGUGCUGCCAAAUUGAAAAACCCAAUCAUUCCCAUAUCAUCCUCCUAAUAUGAUUUUUUUUUUUGCUGUUCGCAAUCGUUCUGAGUGGUUCUUAUUGCAAUUCAUAAUAUAUUGCUGUUUUAUUUAUUUUCCUUCUUGUUGUGUGUUAUACUUUGACUUUGAGUUGAGGAGCUGCUCUUCAGUUCGAAUUGCCUGCAAUAGACAAACUGUAACCCAGGCUAUACAAAGUGUCUUAUAUCAGUAAGUGCUCAGGUAUGUAUUCUCAGCAAUACAAAAGAAAACUCAAUUGAAAAUGGCAAAUCACUAAAUGGCGCUAUCCCCUCUUUCGGCUGUUCUGUCCUGGGUUACACAUAUCUAUGGCAGGCAGCUACAACCGAAGAGCAGCUUCUAAACCCGGGUCCAGUUUGAGUCGUUGCAAUAAAAAACGCACCGAACGCUUGAAACAUUAUGAAAGGGUAUUCUGAAGCUUCUUACUUGUAACCAAGGGUGGAUCCAAUUCCAAUCAGAAGCAUUCAGAUUCUCUCUCUCAGCAUGGUCAGAUCAGAAGACUCUCUGAAGACGCUGCUGGUUUGUGGUGCUGGGUGGUGGGGCAUUCAUUGACAGUGUUACCCUUACUACUCAGACCGCUUGCUCACUCAAUAUCUUUGUAUCCCUGCAUAGAUGAUUGUCCUUCAAAAAGAAGAUUUUAACAAGCAAGAUGUCCCGCAAGUGCAGUGGCACCCCAGAUCCAUUCAGAAUGACUGCUGGGAUAUUUUGUUCCAAAAUGUUUUUCCUGCAACGACUCCCAAAACUGGUAUCAUGUUGAAUGUUGUGUACAUUUAGACCGUACGGUCUGUCCAGCUGUUCCUGUGGGAUUAACUGUGGUUUGGUAUGGAGGGACCAGCCGAGAGGCGGACUGGAAACCACUAUGCAAAGCCAGAGGAGGAUGUCAUUGCUUCUCUCAAUUCCCGGCUGCAGCCCAGCUUUAACCCCGUAGCAACCCAAUUCUCCAGAUUAGACCGGUACUGCUUCAGUGCGUUCCCCUGCAUUCUCCAGAUCAGACUCCUCUGCCGUGCCUCUCCCCCUCGAAUGGGACUCCCAAGCAGGGCUGGGAUCAGCAUGAAUGUAGCAAGUCAGCUGAAUGUCUGUCCUGUAAUCAUACUGCUGGUUGUGCGUCACUUUCUCUGUGUCAGUUUGGGCACGUUCUGUCCAUUUAUCUCCUGUGAGUAGCCUGUGUUCCUGUUUCUUAAUGUUGCUGCAGAACCAUCAUGUGCCCGCCGUGUAUCCAUUCACACCCACACUGCUCUGUAUUGCUGAUUCAACUCCCCCACUUCAGGACCACACUCUGGACCAAGUCCUAAUUGAGUUUCGAAGGUGGCCCUAUUUAAAUAUUGUUACAGAGUAACUUUUUAUGUGUCAGAAUUAGCACAGUUAACUAAGGCAUUCUUGUUUUGAGAAUCAUACUGUAUCAUUUUCUGUUUCACUCAUCACAUCCUGGUGUCUUUUUAAAACUCAGCAGUUUAAAAGGGAUCAUGUCUUAUCUCUACAUACAGCAGGAACCCAAGAGUGUAACCAAUAAUCUGUCCCCCUGCAACGCCCUGCAGUCCACUGGAUUUAUGAAAUCCUGUGUUUGUUCUUUGUGGUAUUUCACAGUGAUGUACAGUACGUCUUCCACUCACCGGGGGCAGUGUUGCUGGAGGAGAGGUUGGUUGUUACACUCUGGUGUACCAGAUGUACUUGAAGGUUUGAAAUGAUUCUGAGAGCUCUACGAAGGACACAGUGAUGCUUUAAAAGGCUGACUUGUAAAAAGCUCCCAGGAUGUGAUGAGAGUGAUAUACAAAGUGAUUCUAAAUUACAAGGAGAAUACAUUAGAUAAGUAAUGAACUAUUCUAAACAUUUAGCUGGUAUACCGCAGACCAUUAUUUUUCCAUAUUGUUUUGGAUUGUAUUUUAUGCUGCUAAUGUAAUAUCUUGAGGUUUGUAGGACUCGUGAUUGUUCAAACCGACACCGUUUUAAACAUCACCAAACAUGAUGCCCUGAUGCAUGAUCAGGAUCGCGUUGCGAGGAUCAGAGAACUCUGUGGCCUUACAUAUUAUACAUAUUAUACAUAUUAUACAUAUUAUACAUAUUUGCAAGCUGGGCAAAUCAUUCCCCAUAUUACACCAAUUUCAUCACUCUUUAAUCAGAUAGUUUAUUUCAGCUGAACAGAAAACGUCCCUCUGUAAAGGUUUUCCACAGUAAAUGUGCAAGUUGUUUUGCAGUUUUUCCCCAUGGUUAUACUACGCAUUUGCCAUGGUUUGCCAUACAUUUUAAUAUGCUUUACUAUGCUUUCACUGUGCUUUAUUUCACUUUGCUGUGCUUUUACUGUGGGAGACUUUUAUAAGGGCCCCCUCAAAGUCUACAAAGCUAGUCUACUCGUGUAUCUUGCAAGUCCUUAUGUGAGAGUCAGAUUCCAGGGAUUGAAAUCGACACACUUCAUGACAGCAGGUACUGUGAUUAUAAUACAGAACAAUUUCAAGUUGCAUGGUUGCAGCGAUUUCCAGCAAUUCAAUGACUUCCUUCAUUAAGGGAUUGGUUGAUUACUCUGAGCAACUGCAAACAUCAUAAGAAGACCGUUCCCAGCUCCUCAAAAUUCAAAGAAUAAGAAGUCAUGUUUAUAACAAGCAGAUAGCUUGUGUUCCAGCCCUAAUCCUGUUUCAAUGUUUAACUUGCUUUAUUUAUUCAUUUAUGAAUGUAUUAGUUAUUGGAGGUAUGUUUUUCAGAUCUCACAAGAGAAAGUGACAGUAAAGACACUUUCAACAGUGUUGCAAAGCCCAUACAGUGUUAAUCAUAUGUAUUUAUUUUUAUUUAAAGGGGUUUAAGCAGAUUAGAUCACGCUGAUGUUGUGCACAUCAGUUAGUUUUGAAAGAAACACAUGUUAUAGCAAACCUGUAUUUUCAUUUAAAAAAAUGAUGCCUGGGACCAUACUGGGUUAAAGAAAGCUCUGUUUGCAUGCCUUACUUUCAUGUAGUGUUGCACUUCCUCGGUCACCUGGAGAAACUGUCCCCAACUCAUCAACACCUUUCCUUUCAUUUACCAAUCAGCUGCUUCCCAGUGAAAUGACCAAGCAAGUGAAACAGAAAAAGACUACCAGAUAGUAAGCCACGCAGGGCUGUAACUCUCUGUAACCUAGCGUUGUAGCCGAUUCUGCUUUCUUUCGUUUCUAUACUAUGCGCUUCUUUCCAAACUGCACACGUGUGACCUACACAGUGAAUGGAAGUGACAGGUAAGACAUUGAAAUAGUGACUGAUUUGCCUUAAAAACCCAUGUAGAAAAUAUCAGCACUGUAGGUGUGAGGAUAACAAAAACACAAUGUAUACAAAAUAAACAAAAUCUAAGUUCUUUCAGAGCUGCAGUACGUCAUGUAUAACCUCCUACUGGUGCAAGUAGUCACAGGAGCAUGACUAUAUGUGGCUCACAGAGUGACAGUGGAAUAAAGGGGCAGCAAAGCCUGUGACCUUUUGAGGAAUGGGAAACAAACUGGACUGUCAACAGGGUCUUUGUUUCAGAUAUAACAGCGUGCACAGAGAGCUGUGGAAGAUGCUUGAAACAAAAUGAUUGUGGGGCACUUGUGUUUUAAUGCAGUGUGGUUCAGUUCUGUACAAGCUGCAUUUGAUGCACCUGAAUUAUUACCACUGUACGUUUCAGAGCAAAAAUAGCGAACCAAUUAACCAAUCAAGAAUGUGUUGUGACAAUAUAGACGCUGCACUGCAGUGGAAGGUCUAGCCAGCUCAAUCACAAGGCAGACUGGCUGAUUGUUGUAAAUCUCUUGCUACCUAGAGUGCCUCCUUCUGGCAAAUAGGAGUAUCUGCAUCCCAAUCUCCAGCUACAAAUGGCACAACCCAAAAAAAUCACUGCUGCCAUCUCCAGAUUGCUUCUGCAAUUUAAAAGCAAGCAAACAAAUAAGUAUGGUACUAUUGUUUUCUUCCUAUGUAUGUAUGUCCAUGUAAAAAAAAAAAAAAAAAACUACAUUUUUUAUUAAGUUAUUAAAAGUUGUAGAAUACUAUUGAAAUACAAUGAAGUUAAAGGAGUGAUAAUAACUUUCUCCUUAGCCUAAACAAUGGGGAGUUCAGAAUUAAAGGACUUUACUGGAGUCCAAAGUGAAUGAAGUUUGGAAAUCAGCAAACCAAUGAAGAGCUUUGCGGGAAUGUGCUGAGGAGAGAAGGGAAAUCGGUCAUCACUCGUUUCAGAUCAUUGUGUCCUGAAAUCUCCACCAAGGAUGCCAAGCAGGCUUGGUUUUGUGGCUAGAUGUAUUAUAUGUAUUCUUAUUAUUUAUUAUCAUGGCAAUGGUUGUUAUUCGUGUUAUUCCAGUGAUGGUGACAGCAGUAUUGUUAUUGUAAUAAAAUAAGAUACUGUUUUAGGAUUGGUGUCAGCACUGGAGCACAUUCAGACUUGAAUAAAAAUCAGAGUAAGAGGA